AUGGCGAACGAAGCUCAGCCCCGUCCCUGUGACAUUGGCCACAGGCUGGAGUAUGGGGGCUUGGGGCAAGAGGUCCAGGUGGAGCACAUCGGGGUGUACGUCAGCAAGCCCCCAGUCAACACAGGCAGAGCUGUGAUCGUCAUCCAAGACAUCUUUGGCUGGCAGCUGCCAAAUACCAGGUACAUGGCUGACAUGAUGGCUGCGAACGGAUACACCACUGUCGUCCCAGACUUCUUUGUUGGGCAGGAACCAUGGCAUCCCUCCAGUGACUGGGUCACCUUCCCAGAGUGGCUGAAGACAAGAAACGCAAGGAAGGUGGAUAAAGAGGUGGAGGUGGUCCUCAGGUACCUGAAGCUGCAGUGUGGUGCCCAGAAGGUUGGCGUUGUGGGCUUCUGCUGGGGUGGAGUGGCCGUCCACCACCUGAUGGCCACGCGUUCGGACUUCAGGGCCGGGGUGUCCGUCUAUGGCCUCGUCAAAGACUCUGAGGACGUGUACAGUCUGAAGAAUCCCACGCUGUUUAUUUUUGCAGAAAACGAUGCUGUGAUUCCUCUGGAACAGGUGUCCUCGCUGACCCAGAAGUUGAAAGACCACUGCAAAGUUGCAUAUCAAAUUAAAACAUUUUCCGGGCAGACUCACGGGUUUGUGCAUCGAAAGCGAGAUGACGUCACUGCUGAGGACAAGCCGUACAUUGAGGAGGCGAGAAGGAACCUUCUAGAGUGGCUGAGCCAGUACCUUUAG